AUGGAGGUCUGGUCAGGUCCAAUCACUGGCGUUGGGGACAUAUCCCAAGUGAAAGGCAUCUCACUCCUGGUCGAACCACCUUUGACGGGUCAAUGCCCACUGCGCAAGGAUGCCCAGCUCUCACUUCGCGCCUUUGUGAACCCCUUCCUUAUUCCUUAUUACGCACGAUUAGGCCCCGCUCUCAAGGUUUGCGUCAAAGACUCCGAAAUGAUAGAAUGGUGGAAAUGCAGACUGUUAAAAGGUGUCUAUGAUGAGCACGAGGACAAGGACGGUCUCCUGGAUGGCUCGCUGCCUAUACAAUGCCCAACAGGGAUGCUUUUGGCAGUUGAAGAACCGCAACGAUGUCCCAGCGCUGCCAGUGGCUCUGACAAUGAUGUGACGGAUAUCCUUGUUUAUGGGGAGCUUUGUUUUCCUUCUCCGCAUUCAAAGCGGUCACCAUCUCCUCCAUUGCCAUCCCCUGCUUUCCCCAACGAAAAGUUGGGAGCCUCGAAUGACAAUGAAGCCAGCACUCCGGAAAGGGAAUUACGUAUUUACGCUGUCAUGCUUUGUUCGGGACUCAUUGCAAAGGCUGAAGCUUUACCAUCUCCCCCACUUACCCCGAAGCCAGGUCCUUUCGCAUGUAAUGACGGUAAUGAUAAUGACAAUAAUAACGAUCACGGUAACGAGGAAUUUGCUGAAUUCUUCCUCGAACAUCGAUCUCCAUGUCCCAAUCGGAAGCGGAUGGCCAGCAUUUUCGACGCGGCGACUGAAUACCAUAAAAAGGUUCGACGGAAAGGCGGCGAGGCGGUUGCGCAGCUCAUGUCACGCAGGUUGUCGUCAGUGGCGGCGGUAGCAGCCCAUCAACUGCCGAAUUCUGCAAAUAUGAAGAUUAAGAAGGAGUCUUCGGAUAUAUCUUCUUAUAAUGAUAAUAACAUAUCUAGCAAGGUCAUUGCACAUAAACCUCGAACGCUGUCGAUCAGCAGGAUUAUGAAGGUACCCAAGCAACCUUCACCUGCUACACCACGCAAUUCCACUUCGAACAUCGGUGCACGACCACGAACGGCGAAUGUCUCGAGUCGAACAAGCACGCCUGCGACUCUUCCACCACAGCAACAGCAACAGCAGGAUACGCAGAAAUCCCAACCACAGCUAACCUCCGCGUCGCCCACUAAAAUCAUCGCCACAAACAAGGCAAUAUUAACACGAACUAUUCUAACAUGCAUGCGUUUAUAUGGGUUCCAUCGAAAUUCGCGGACGAGCAAUCCAGUUCCCGCCACUGGUCAAUCGAAACGACCCUCGCAAGCAGAGACGGCGGAUGCUGAUUCCCUAGUUGUUCCCACGACGAAGCCGGCGAUGAUUCCGAAGGAAUCUCAGUCGCACUCAAGACCAUCAACAGCUAUCUUUAUACCUGCCGCUGCUUCCCCCGAAAUAGAUGAUGACGAUGAUUUCAAAGCUAUGUAUCAUGCUACGUAUCGCGCGGCGUCGUUCGCCCUAAGGCGGUAUUUGAAGGACGUUCCUAAUGGGUCAACAGCUACUGGGAAUUCAGUGGUUGCGGGAGAAGACGGACUAAUCAAGGCGUCUCAUGAAGUGACGGCAGCGAGUGUGCCGAUUUUAGAGAGGGAGAAAGCUACGGAUCUUGUGGAUGGGUUAUUGAGGUUGUUUUGUGAGGCAUAG